AUUUAGUGGAGAGAAAAGUGAGAUGAGAGAGAGAGGACCUAGUAAGAGAAUCACUCGACCGUUCCCGACGGCCUUUGAUCCGCCGGGAAACAACAAUCCUCAAACAGAUUUUCACCUAGUGAGAGAGCGACAACCUAACCUCAGGCACCAUAACCAAUUUCAGCCGAGAGAUAGGCUGCAGGGAACUGAAAGGACAGCAGGAGAUAUCUACAAGAGACGGCGAGAAACACCUUAUGGCUAUGGCAAAGGAAUACUGGAACAAGCUACAUCAUAUUUCUUCACCAACUUCCCAGAGGAUUGGGAGAUUGGAGCUAUGUGGAAGGCCUUCAUCAAAUGCGGGAGAGCGAUACAAGUAUAUGUAGCGAAGAAACGAGACAGAUGGGGCCAUCGCUUUGGAUUCGCUCGCUUCCUGGGGGUCAAGAACCCAAGAGAACUGGAGGAAAAGCUCAACCAAAUCAGAGUGGGUGAACAGUCUCUAAAAGCUAACAUAGCAAUAUUUUCAAGGGAGGAGACCAAACCAAGGCAAAGGGACUUGAAGGAAGUAGGGAGGAUGGAAUCAAAGAGAAAUGCAAGGUCUUAUGCAGAAGUCCUGAAAGGAGCAACAGAAAAGGGAAGCAUUAAGAAAAUGAGGGAAUCUACAAUUCCCUUGAGGAAGUGGCAAUCGAAGAAGCUGGAAAAGGAGGAAGGGCAUGGUUUAGAAGUUAUAAUAGAUAAGGAGGAUGUUGAGUGGCUUGAAAAAAGCUAUGUGGGGAGAGCGAGGUGCCCGGAAAUCAUAUGCACCUUACAAGAAAAGUUUCUGAUGGAGGGAUACUUUUCUGCAAAGGUCACCCCAAUGGGUGGCAAUUUGGUGCUACUUUCAAGUGAAGAUGCUGAUGAACUUAAACAGCUAGUGGAGGAGGGUAGGGACUGGUUGGCUCAAUGGUUUACCAAGGUGCAUCCAUGGUCUCCAACCGAGGUGGCUUCAGAAAGGUUUACGUGGAUCCGAUGCCAAGGUGUACCACUUCAAAUAUGGAAAAGCAGCUUCUUUGAGACAGUUGCAUGCUUGUUCGGCAGAUUCAUUUCGUUGGACAAUAGCACAAUAAAAAAGACUAGGCUGGAUGUGGCCAAAAUUUUAGUUCUAACACCAGUCCAAGAUAAUAUUAACAGAACCUUGAAGGUUAAAGCUGGGGAAUCCAAUUUCCAUAUCAGAGUUAGCGAAGAAGUAGGGGUGGAUAAUAUCUUCUCUUUGAAGACAGAUUUCCGCUUGUGUGGUGUGGACAGUUCAGAUGAAGAUGAUUGGUCUGAUGAAUCAGUCAAUAGUGAUCAGUACUCAAAUGUGAAUAAGGAUGAAUGGCAAAUACUGGCUGAUGAUGGAAAGGAGUUUGCAACGGUGGAGAAGUUGCCGGCGUCGGAGGAUGAUGAGGAAGGGGACAAGGUGCCUGAAUCAGCAGACUUGGCUGACAACGCAUUUAAUGUGGAAGAUCAAAUUUCAAAAGGGAAGGUGACUGUAUCUAGAAACGAGGAGAACGUUGCAUGGGUACCGAUGCAGAUUGGAAAUGAUCUCCCAGUUUUUGAACAAAGCAAUGAUUACUCAAUGGGUGGAGUCCAUCCCCAUCUGGCAAGUGAAGGGACCCACCCCCCAGCUUCCAUCCUGAAUCAACUCAUGGGCCAUGAGGCAAACUCAAAAAAUCAACAAACUUUACGUGUACCAAAUAUGGGCCCAUCGAAAUAUGGAUUAUGCUACAAAAGGAAGGUUGGUUUGAGUAAGCCCAAUAUUAAAGACAAUAAAGCAAGGGAGGAGGCGACUUUUAGUGAUUCAGCAAUUCAUGACAGGAAAAAGACAAGGCAAAGAGAUGCAGAGGAAAGAAACCGAGAGGUGAUAGAAGAGGAACGAAGUAGGCAACCAUUUUGGGAAGGCCUCGCAAGCGACAAUGAAAUCCUACAGGUGAGGGCGGAAAGGAUUGUACGAGAAAGGAGGAGGAAAAGAAAGCAAACAAGGAUGACCAAGGAGGUCAAGGAUAAGGAGUUAUAUCCAAAUCAGCCCAUAACCACAGAAUCGUCACCCAAGGAAGGAGGCAAGAAAAAUUGGAGUAAACGCAGGCUAUGGGAUGAGCUUCUGAGUUUAAUUGAAGAACAUGGGGGUGGAAAUUGGUGUAUUGGUGGUGAUUUCAAUGCUAUUAGAGAUGUGGAAGAGAAGAAGGGCAAGUGUUUUGAUAUAGUUGAUGCUAGGGAUUUUAAUAAAUUCAUUGCAGAUGCAGGUUUAGAAGACAUCCCUAUGAUAGGUAGGAAGUUCACUUGCAAUUUCCCGGAUGUUUCUCAAUGGGGGUUGAAGAGAGACUUGUCUGAUCACUGUCCUAUUGUACUUAAACAAUCUCACAUUGACUGGGGGCCCAAACCCUUUCGAUGCUUGGAUAGCUGGCUAAACCAUGAAGGAUUUGACAAAUUUGUUCAAGAGAGGUGGGAUAGUUACAGGGUGGAAGGAUGGGGUUGUUUUAGACUGAAGGAGAAGCUGAAGUCCUUGAAGAAGGAUUUGAAGUGCUGGAACAGGGACAUCUUUGGAAAUAUAGAGAGGAAUAUUGAAGUAGCAAAAGAGGAAAUAAGGAAGUUGGAUGAGAAGGCAGAGAAAGGCUCAUUCACAGAGGAGGAAGUGGCAAAAAGGAAAGAUUGUUUUUUCAGCCUUUGGGAGUGGAGUAGGGCUAAGGACAAUCUACUGCAUCAGAAAUCAAGACAAAGAUGGCUUAAGGAGGGUGAUGCAAACAGUAAAUACUUCCAUGGAUUCAUAAAAGAGUUCCACUCCAAUGGAAAACUGGUGAGGGGUAGUAACGCAUCUUUUAUUGUCUUGGUACCCAAAAAGGAUAAUCCUAUUAGUUUACUUGAUUAUCGUCCAAUCUCUCUCAUUGGGUGCAUGUAUAAAAUAGUCUCUAAACUCCUUGCUAACCGAAUGAGAAGAGUUAUGGAUUCCAUCAUUAGCCCCAACCAAUCUGCUUUUGUUGGAGGGAGACAGAUUGCAGAUGGUAUUAUAAUCACAAAUGAACUGAUUCAUGAGGCAAAAAGAAGGAAGAAAGCCACAGUAUUUUUCAAGGCAGACUUUGAAAAGGCUUAUGACAGCGUGAAUUGGGAAUUUCUAGAUUUCAUGUUAGGUAAAUUGGGCUUCUGUUCAAAAUGGUGUUCUUGGAUCAAAGGAUGUCUUCACUCUGCUUCUGUCUCGGUUUUGGUAAAUGGCAGUCCUACGGAAGAGUUUCAAAUAUCGAAAGGGCUUCGCCAAGGUGACCCACUAGCCCCUUUCUUAUUUCUUGUGGUGGCUGAGGCUCUUAAUGGUUUAAUAAUAAAAGCAGUAGAAGAAGGAAUCUUUAAAGGGGUGUCUAUUGGUCAUGGGGGAAUGGAAAUAACACACCUACAAUUUGCGGAUGAUACAAUCCUUUGUUGUGAGGCAACUAGGAAGAAUGUAUGGGCAAUCAAAUGCAUCUUCAGGAGCUUUGAGCUUGUUUCAGGCUUGAAGGUCAAUUUUUUUAAAAGUUCUUUAAUUGGAGUUAAUGUGGAAGAAGAGGAUUUGAAUGUUCUGGCUGAUAUGCUAAAUUGCAUGGUGGGAAAGAUACCGUUCAUGUACCUCGGGGUCCCUGUGGGAGCUAAUCCAAGGAAAGUAUCUACCUGGACUCCUGUGAUUGAGUGUUUUAGACGUAAAUUGUCAACUUGGAGGUGCGACUCGUUGUCUUUUGGUGGGCGGAUUAUUCUUCUGAACGCUGUCCUCUCGAGUAUCCCGGUCUACUAUUUCUCAACCCUUAAAGCACCCAAGAAGGUAAUAAAUAUUCUGUCUCUAAUUCAGAGAAGGUUUCUUUGGGGAGGAAGUGAGGAGAGUGCUAGGAUUGCUUGGGUGGGGUGGGAGAAAGUGUGUAGGAAAAGAAGGGAUGGGGGUCUCGGAGUAAAAAAUUUAGGACUCUUUAAUGUGGCAUUGCUAGGAAAGUGGAGAUGGAGGUUGUUAGAGGAUGAAGAAUCUCUAUGGAGUAGGUUUUUGUGGUAUAAAUAUGAUGUGAAGGGAACGAAUGUUUGGAGUGGAGGUGAGUGGGGUACGUCUUGCUCUAGGUGGUGGAAAGAUAUAUGGAAGCUGGAUGACAGUGAUAUGGGUAGCGAAGGAUGGUUUAAGAUGGGGAUUGAGAAGUUGGUUGGGGAAGGGAAUGGAACAUUAUUUUGGCAUGACCAAUGGGUGGGUGAUUAUUCAUUGAAAGAUAGAUUUUAUAGAUUGUUCAAUAUAUCAAGCAAUAAGGAGGCUUUGAUAUCUAAUAUGGGAGAAUGGAGAGAUGGGGAAUGGCAAUGGAGUUGGAGUUGGAGGAGAGAGCUUUUUGCUUGGGAAAUUGACAUCCUGCAAGAACUUAGAGAGGAAGUUCGAAAAAGGAAGUUGGUUCAAGGACAAGAAGACAGAUGGAUAUGGAAGAAGGAUCCUAGAGGUAAAUAUUCAGUGUCCUCUGCAUACAAUCUAUUAAAUACAACUCCCAUCCCUAAUUUGCCUGGAGACUACAAUCUGAUAUGGAAUGGAAGGGUACCAUUAAAAGUUGCUGCUUUUGCUUGGAAAGUGAUGCAAAAUAGAAUCCCAACAAAAGAUAAUCUACAGAAACGAGGAGUGUUGGGCAGUGAAGAAGAUCAGUCAUGUGUUUUAUGUGGGAAAGAAGCUGAAAGUGUAAACCAUCUUUUGUUUUCGUGUCCAAUAGCAUGGAAGGUGUGGUCAUCAUGUUAUCAGUGGUGGGGUAUUAAUGUGGUGGCCCAAGAAAAGGGUUGGAACCACCUGAUCCAGCAUGCUGGACUUUUCAACAAUAAAUUCGCAAAGGAAGCUUGGAAGGUGAUUUGGUUUGCAGUUGUAUGGAAUAUGUGGCUAUGGAGAAAUCAGAAGAUCUUUAAGGCAAAGUUGGAACCUCAGGACAAGAUGAUUGAGGUGAUUAAAUUCCAAACCUUCCAAUGGAUUAAAGCAAAACAGUGGCCAGAAAUCUCAAAGGAGCUAUGGUAUAUAUGUCCUGCUCACGCUUGUGAAACGGCAUCAAAAAGGAUGCCUUAGUUGGCCAGCAAAGAACACACGGGGAUGAAAACAGCUGUAGGAUAAGGAAGGCCAUGCCAACACUGUUUGGAUGAUCUAUAUUUUGGGGUAGAUUUUGGGGUAAACUUUCGUAUGAAAGUGUUGUUUGUAUCACCCUAAUUAUAUUACUUACUCUUUUUGUACAGGUAGGAGUACCCCUUGUACUCCAACUUAAUAAUAUUAUCUUUUGCUG